AUGGGUAAAAUACUUAGACUGGUCGUGUUUGUGAUUCUCUGCUACCACUUGGUAGAAAGUUUGCCAAACCGAUUUGGCAGGAAACACAGAGGUUGCGGUGAUUAUUUGGGACACGAAUCAAGCUCAAAAUUGAGACCAUAUGGCACCGGGUCGUUAGAAGAAACAGAAACUGGUUCUGAAUCGAGUUUAAAAAAUUACGGUCAACAUCAUAUUAGGUCAGAAGCAGCAGAUGAAGAGGUACCAAGAUAUUCGCGAAAUAGUCACCGUCAUCAUGAUGCUGGAUCAUUAGCGGCAAAAGGAGCAGGAUCUAAAUCAUUGCACCACAGACAUAGUAGUCACGGUGGUGCAUCACCAGCGUCAGCAGUCGAAAGCCCUGGAUCGUUGUCUCAUAGUUACAGCAAUAAUGGUGUAGACAGUAACGAUAAUAAUAGUGACGAGUCAUCGACAUCAACAACCAUUAAUUCGGAUGAACACUCUGUAUCCUUGUCAGAGACUGACGGUGAAAACCGUGACGGGUUAUCGUCAUUAAAAACAGGAUCUGGACAUUCCUCGAAAUAUCAUGGUAAUCAUCACAUCAGGCCAUCACCGCUAGGAGUAGGAAGAUCUAGAUCUCCGUUGAACAGUUACGCAGAUAACUAUGAUAAGUUAUCACAGACAGAAUUGGCUCGAUUUAGAUAUCUGGGAAACGGUUAUGGUCAUCAUCACCCCAGGAAUUAUGAUAGUCACUCGUUAGCGGAAGGAAAGUCGACGUACCCGGCACGGGGCUUUGACAAUAAUAACCAUGGGUCAUCGGUGAAUUCAAAAUUAGGAUCUGGAUCUUCAUCAUACGGUCACAACAAUGAUAACGCGGAAUCAGUGAAUUCAAAGAUAAAACCAGAAUAUUUCCUGAAUAGUUACGAUGAUGACGAUCCGUCAGAUGUAAAUGAAUCUGAAUCUUUGUUAUUGGACAGCGACGAUACUUACAGUGACAUUUCAUCGGUAAAUUCAAAAGUAAUAUCAAAAUCUUCGUCAAACAGUAACGCAGACGAUGAGAACGAUGCAGUGUCAUCAUCAUCAAAAUCAACGGCGUAUGGAUUUUCAUCUGGCUAUUACGGUAGUAAGGAUGACAACUCUUUAUCUGACCCUUACGGUGAUAAAGGCGGUAAGUCAUCAGCAUCAACAACAAGUGCGUCCGGGUCUUCCGCGACGGCUCAGAAUGCAAACGAUGCAGUGUCAUCAUCAUCAAAGUCAACGGCGUCUGCAUCUUCAUUCGGCAAUUCUGGUAAUCAGGAUGACAACUCUUUAUCUCACCAUUACGGUAAUAACGGCGGUAAGUCAUCAGCAUCAACAACAAGUGCGUCCGGGUCUUCCGCGACGGCUCAGAAUGCAAACGAUGCAGUGUCAUCAUCAUCAAAGUCAACGGCGUCUGCAUCUUCAUUCGGCAAUUCUGGUAAUCAGGAUGACAACUCUUUAUCUCACCAUUACGGUAAUAACGGCGGUAAGUCAUCAGCAUCAACAACAAGUGCGUCCGGGUCUUCCGCGACGGCUCAGAAUGCAAACGAUGCAGUGUCAUCAUCAUCAAAGUCAACGGCGUCUGCAUCUUCAUUCGGAAAUUCUGGUAAUCAGGAUGACAACUCUUUAUCUCACCAUUACGGUAAUAACGGCGGUAAGUCAUCAGCAUCAACAACAAGUGCGUCCGGGUCUUCGGCGACGGCUCAGAAUACAAACGGCGCAGUGUCAUCAUCAACGAAAUCAACGGCGUUUGGAUCUUCAUCUGGCCGUUAUGGAAGUGAGGAUGACAACUCUUCAUCUCACCAUUACGGUGAUAAAGGCGGUAAGUCAUCAGCAUCAACAACAAGUGCGUCCGGGUCUUCCGCGACGGCUCAGAAUGCAAACGAUGCAGUGUCAUCAUCAUCAAAGUCAACGGCGUCUGCAUCUUCAUUCGGCAAUUCUGGUAAUCAGGAUGACAACUCUUUAUCUCACCAUUACGGUAAUAACGGCGGUAAGUCAUCAGCAUCAACAACAAGUGCGUCCGGGUCUUCGGCGACGGCUCAGAAUACAAACGGUGCAGUGUCAUCAUCAACGAAAUCAACGGCGUUUGGAUCUUCAUCUGGCCGUUAUGGAAGUGAGGAUGACAACUCUUCAUCUCACCAUUACGGUGAUAAAGGCGGUAAGUCAUCAGCAUCAACAACAAGUGCGUCCGGGUCUUCGGCGACGGCUCAGAAUACAAACGGUGCAGUGUCAUCAUCAACGAAAUCAACGGCGUUUGGAUCUUCAUCUGGCCGUUAUGGAAGUGAGGAUGACAACUCUUCAUCUCACCAUUACGGUGAUAAAGGCGGUAAGUCAUCAGCAUCAACAACAAGUGCGUCCGGGUCUUCCGCGACGGCUCAGAAUGCAAACGAUGCAGUGUCAUCAUCAUCAAAGUCAACGGCGUCUGCAUCUUCAUUCGGCAAUUCUGGUAAUCAGGAUGACAACUCUUUAUCUCACCAUUACGGUAAUAACGGCGGUAAGUCAUCAGCAUCAACAACAAGUGCGUCCGGGUCUUCGGCGACGGCUCAGAAUACAAACGGUGCAGUGUCAUCAUCAACGAAAUCAACGGCGUUUGGAGCUUCAUCUGGCCGUUAUAGAAGUGAGGAUGACAACUCUUCAUCUCACCAUUACGGUGAUAAAGGCGGUAAGUCAUCAGCAUCAACAACAAGUUCGUCCGGGUCUUCGGCGACGGCUCAGAAUACAAACGGUGCAGUGUCAUCAUCAACGAAAUCAACGGCGUUUGGAUCUUCAUCUGGCCGUUAUGGAAGUGAGGAUGACAACUCUUCAUCUCACCAUUACGGUGAUAAAGGCGGUAAGUCAUCAGCAUCAACAACAAGUGCGUCCGGGUCUUCCGCGACGGCUCAGAAUGCAAACGAUGCAGUGUCAUCAUCAACGAAAUCAACGGCGUUUGGAUCUUCAUCUGGCCGUUAUGGAAGUGAGGAUGACAACUCUUCAUCUCACCAUUACGGUGAUAAAGGCGGUAAGUCAUCAGCAUCAACAACAAGUGCGUCCGGGUCUUCCGCGACGGCUCAGAAUGCAAACGAUGCAGUGUCAUCAUCAACGAAAUCAACGGCGUUUGGAUCUUCAUCUGGCCGCGGUAAGUCAUCAGCAUCAACAACAAGUGCGUCCGGGUCUUCCGCGACGGCUCAGAAUGCAAACGGUGCAGUGUCAUCAUCAUCAAAGUCAACGGCGUCUGCAUCUUCAUUCGGAAAUUCUGGUAAUCAGGAUGACAACUCUUUAUCUCACCAUUACGGUAAUAACGGCGGUAAGUCAUCAGCAUCAACAACAAGUGCGUCCGGGUCUUCGGCGACGGCUCAGAAUACAAACGGUGCAGUGUCAUCAUCAACGAAAUCAACGGCGUUUGGAUCUUCAUCUGGCCGUUAUGGAAGUGAGGAUGACAACUCUUCAUCUCACCAUUACGGUGAUAAAGGCGGUAAGUCAUCAGCAUCAACAACAAGUGCGUCCGGGUCUUCCGCGAUGGCUCAGAAUGCAAACGAUGCAGUGUCAUCAUCGUCAGAAUCAACGGCGUCUGGAUCUUCAUUCGGCAGUCCUGGUUAUGAGGAUCAUAACUCUUCAUCUCACCAUGACAGUGAUGAUGGCAGCGAAUCAUCAGCAUCAACAAAAACUCAACCUGGGUGUUCAUCGAAGACUGACGAUGCUAACGAUGCUGCGUCAUCAUCAUUAACAACAUCGACAUCUGAAUCUUCAUAUGGCGGUGACGGUUAUGAGGGUGAUAACUCUUUAUCCCAUCAUUAUGGUGAUAAAGGCGGUGAGUCAUUAACAUCAACAAGUGCGUCCGGGUCUUCCGCGACGACUCAGAAUGCAAACGAAGCAGUGUCAUCAUCAUCAAAAUCGACGGCGUCUGCAUCUUCAUUCAACAGUCCCAGUAAUAAGGAUAAGAACUCUUUAUCUCAUCAUUACGGUGAUAAAGACGGUAAGUCAUCAGUAUCAACAACAAGUGCGUCCGGGUCUUCCGCGACGGCUCAGAAUGCAAACGAUGCAGUGUCAUCAUCAUCAGAAUCAACGGCGUCCGGAUCUUCAUUCAGCAGUCCCGGUAGUGAGGAUGACAACACCUCAUCUCACCAUUACGGUGAUGAAGGCGGUAAGUUAUCAGCAUCGACAACAAGUGCGUCCGGGUCUUCCGCGACGGCUCAGAAUGCAAACGAUGCAGUGUCAUCAUCAUCAAAGUCAACGGCGUCUGCAUCUUCAUUCGGCAAUUCUGGUAAUCAGGAUGACAACUCUUCAUCUCACCAUUACGGUGAUAAAGGCGGUAAGUCAUCAGCAUCAACAACAAGUGCGUCCGGGUCUUCGGCGACGGCUCAGAAUACAAACGGUGCAGUGUCAUCAUCAACGAAAUCAACGGCGUUUGGAUCUUCAUCUGGCCGUUAUGGAAGUGAGGAUGACAACUCUUCAUCUCACCAUUACGGUGAUAAAGGCGGUAAGUCAUCAGCAUCAACAACAAGUGCGUCCGGGUCUUCCGCGACGGCUCAGAAUGCAAACGAUGCAGUGUCAUCAUCAUCAAAGUCAACGGCGUUUGGAUCUUCAUCUGGACGUUAUGGAAGUGAGGAUGACAACUCUUCAUCUCACCAUUACGGUGAUAAAGGCGGUAAGUCAUCAGCAUCAACAACAAGUGCGUCCGGGUCUUCCGCGACGGCUCAGAAUGCAAACGAUGCAGUGUCAUCAUCAUCAAAGUCAACGGCGUUUGGAUCUUCAUCUGGACGUUAUGGAAGUGAGGAUGACAACUCUUCAUCUCACCAUUACGGUGAUAAAGGCGGUAAGUCAUCAGCAUCAACAACAAGUGCGUCCGGGUCUUCCGCGACGGCUCAGAAUGCAAACGAUGCAGUGUCAUCAUCAUCAAAGUCAACGGCGUCUGCAUCUUCAUUCGGCAAUUCUGGUAAUCAGGAUGACAACUCUUCAUCUCACCAUUACGGUUAUAACGGCGGUAAGUCAUCAGCAUCAACAACAAGUGCGUCCGGGUCUUCGGCGACGGCUCAGAAUACAAACGGUGCAGUGUCAUCAUCAACGAAAUCAACGGCGUUUGGAUCUUCAUCUGGCCGUUAUGGAAGUGAGGAUGACAACUCUUCAUCUCACCAUUACGGUGAUAAAGGCGGUAAGUCAUCAGCAUCAACAACAAGUGCGUCCGGGUCUUCCGCGACGGCUCAGAAUGCAAACGAUGCAGUGUCAUCAUCAUCAAAAUCAACGGUGUCUGCAUCUUCAUUCGGCAGUCCUGGUUAUAAGGAUCACAACUUUUUACCUUACCAUUACGGUAAUAAAGGCGGUAAGUCAUUAACAUCAUCAAGUGCGUCCGGGUCUUCCGCGACGGCUCAGAAUGCAAACGAUGCAGUGUCAUCAUCAUCAAAAUCAACGGCGUCUGCAUCUUCAUUCGGCCGUCCUGGUUAUAAGGAUCACAACUUUUUACCUUACCAUUACGGUAAUAAAGGCGGUAAAUCAUUAACAUCAUCAAGUGCGUCCGGGUCUUCCGCGACGGCUCAGAAUGUAAACGAUGCAGUGUCAUCAUCAUCAAAAUUAACGGCGUCUGCAUCUUUAUUCGGCCGUCCUGGUUAUAAGGAUCACAACUUUUUACCUUACCAUUACGGUAAUAAAGGCGGUAAGUCAUUAACAUCAUCAAGUGCGUCCGGGUCUUCCGCGACGGCUCAGAAUGCAAACGAUGCAGUGUCAUCAUCAUCAAAAUCAACGGCGUCUGCAUCUUCAUCCGGCGAUAACAGUUAUAAGGGUGUCGAGUCAAUAAUGCCGAAAAUUGAAUCUAGACCUUGGUUUAACAAUGACCACCAUAAAGGCAUCAAGUCAUCAAUAUUACCACAAGGAGAAUACAGACUUCUAUCCCACAUUUAUGGUGAUAACGGUGACGAUUCAUCAUCUUCAGCGGACACGGAAUCUUCCUCCUACAGUUACAGUGAUAAUAGUGACGAGUCGUCGACGUCAACAGUAUCAGAAUAUGACUAUUCUUCUAUGAAUAACAAUGAUAACAGCGACGAGUCAUUAUUGUCAGCACAAGUGGAACCUCGAUACUCGUUCAAUCAGUACGGUGGUGGAAAAAAAUCUGGAACUCCAUCCAACAGUCACGGUAACUAUGGCAGCGGAUCGUCAACGUCAGCAGCAGCAGAAUCCUCAUCUUCGUCUAGCAGUUAA